AUGCCCACCUCGACCCAAGCCCUUCUCCUCAAAGGUCUCAACGAGCCGUUCGUGCUCAGCGACGUCUCGGUCGAUGACCCCCGGGCGGGCGAAGUCCUCGUCCAACUCGUCGCCUCGGGGAUCUGUCAGUCCGAUCUCUCCGUCCAGAACGGCGUGCUUCCAGGUCAAUUUCCUUCCUGCCUUGGGCAUGAGGGCGCAGGCAUGUACGUGUCGUGCGACUAGACUGAUCGCUACUGCUCAACGUCGUUUCCCCGCACCGGAUCAUGGAGAAGCUCGCCGAAGUCCGAAGCGAUUUUUCUCACGCUGAUUUUUGAGCCUCCAUUCCUGUUCUGUACCACAGCGUCAAAGCAAUAGGCGAAGGAGUGACCCAUCUCCAAAAAGGGGAUUCCGUUCUACUUAGCUUCAACUUUUGUUCGCAAUGUCGCUCGUGCCACGCGCAAAAAGGCUCGCAGUGCAGAAUGUGGCCGUUGCUCAAUUUCGGUUUGCGGCGAGCCUCCGAAGGGCAGCAACAUUUCGCCGAGGAGAUCAAGACGGGGGAGAAGGUCAAGGGCUUCUUCUUUGGGCAAUCUUCGUUUUCGGGAUAUGCUUUGGCAGCUGCGAAUAGUGUGAGCUUUGAUGACUUUCGCUCGUUGCGGCGAGAUAGCUGAUCGCGCUUGUCGUUCGAUCGAACAAAGUGCAUCAAGGUGGACGCCGACGCCGAUGAGCUGGCAUUACUCGCCCCUUUGGGCUGUGGUAUCCAAACGGGGUAAGCGGGAAGUCGAACGUUUUCAGAGUUCAUCACUGACCUUCCUCUUCUGCAGGGCGGGAGCCGUCUUGAAGGUGCUCAAACCCGAGCCGACCUCCUCGAUCGGUGUCUGGGGUCUAGGCGGAGUCGGCAUAUCCGCCAUCUGCGCCUCUUCCUCCCUCAAAGUGAAAACCAUCAUCGCCAUCGACAUCAUCCCGACCCGUCUGUCUCUCGCUCUCGAAUGCGGUGCCACGCACGCCAUCAACGCCAGUACCGAGGAUGUCGAAGCUCGUAUCAAGGAGAUCACCAAGGGUGAGAUGCUCGAUUAUGCGGUCGAGGCUUCGGGCGUCAAGGCUUGCAUGUACGCUGCUUGGUCCUUUUUGGCGCAUGGAGGGAAGUUGUGUCAGCUUGGGGUGUUCCCCAAGGGCACGGAGGUGUCGCUGGAUGUAGGUCUUCCCUGGGCGUGUUGAGUGAGGAUGCUAGCGCGCGGGACGCUGACAAUUCUUCUCAUCGUUCCUCUGCACGACACCCAGAUCAACGCCACUCAAUUCAGGCACCUCACCUUCAUCGGCAACGGUAAGUCAAGUCCCAACUCGCUCUAUCUCUACAAAGGAACGCAACGCUAACCCCUCUGCCCACCUCCGACAGUCGAAGGCGGGUCGCACCCUCCGGUCUUCAUCCCUCAACUGAUCGAGCUGCGCAAAGCGGGGUACUUGCCCUUGGAAAAGUUCAGCAAACAAUUCGCCCUCGCUGAUUACGAGGAGGCGUUUAAAGCGAUGAAGGAUGGUUCGGUGAGUGGUGAUUAAUCGGACAUGGGACAUGGGACACGAGUGCAGGUAUCUGAUCGCUCGCGACGUGAUUGCCUCUCGUGCAGGUGAUCAAGCCGAUUCUUCGUUUCUGA